ACGUUUCCUGAUUGUUGUUUUGUUCAGUGCCAAUGUCAUGAAAAAGACCCCCCUUGAUACGAGCACAGACAAAGUUUACGCAAUCGUCAGAUGAGGAGAAAGUCACAUUGCUUGCCCGGAAAUAUUAAAAUAGGCAUUGAUGUCAUCUUGAUAGGGCCUACACUAAAGGCCUAGGCAUUAUCAUCAAACAUGCAUCAUUCAAUCAAUAGUUCCAUGGCUUCGACAGACCCCACUAAAUCCAGCAAGGCCUGGUCCUCGGGCUCAGACACCGACCCCAAUCUCAAUGAUGAGCCGGUGACCUUCGCUGACCUUGGGGUGCGCAGGGAAGCCGAGAUUGUGGAGACUUAUUUUGGAAAGAGACGCCCCUUAUCUAGCCUGACAGUGAAGGAGUGGGCUUUUACUGCAUUGGCAGUCCUCAGCAUUCUGGGGGCGGCCGGUCUCACUGUAGAAAGGAUCGUAGACUUGAAAAAGGACUCGCCAGAUGUUACAUUCGCCAUCGUCCUGUUACUCACUCUCAGCUUCUGCCUCUUCUACGUUCUCAACGGCAUCUUUGGAGAGCGGCCUUAUGAGCUGAUCAUCUUCAUCGUUGGCACUUUGAUUAUGAUGAUCUACUGCAUUGUAAAUUAUGCACAAACGAUCAACCCAUCGCCAGCAGAACAGCCAACAGAACAACCACCGCUCAAGCAGUAUGAGAAGGACAUCAAGCUUGCAAGGUUGAUCAUCGUUGUCGCCAUUGGACCAGUCAACAUUGUCCUAGGCUCCAUCAUUGCCAGAGAGUACUACCUCUCAAGGAACCUCAUCUUCAGGACGGUCGGAGCAAAUAUUGAGCUGCAAGAUUUGUGCAGCAGGAUAUUCUUCACGGAGAGCCUGUUCAAGAUUGAUCUUCAGUUGGAGCUUACCCUGGUAAUCCUGGUCCUGAAGACUGGCCUGAUGGAUUGGACUACCCUGGAGGUCGUGGUGCUGGUCGUUGGAGUCGUCUAUUCCAUCUUCUGGUGUGGGCUGGGCUUUUUGUCAAUGUAUAAAGAAAACAAAAUCAUGGUGUAUGUUCUCCUGGCAUUCAGCUGGUGCGAGCCAGCGUACAUUAUCUACAAGCUGGUGGAUGUUGGGUUAGACUGGGAUAAAUUCCAGAACGCCAAGCUCAUUCCUGCAGCCAUCAUCAUAGCCAGUGUGCUGGGCCUGCUGGUCAGGGUUGCUGUGUGCGGCUUCAUGGUCUACGUCUACAAAAACUUUGACCGAGGCAUGAGGGAAAAGGCAUAUGGUAAAGUACCCAGGAAGAAACUUCAUGAAACUGGCGACGAAGUGCCCUCCUAAAGCAUCACAGGUCAGACUGACCAGGACCCAGUACUAAGUAAGCAGUUCGUGAACAUUCUAUCCUACCUACUAUGUCGGAAUAGAUGAAGUCACAAAUUUUAUGUACACCGUAUCUUGUAUGACCUAACCGAAUGAAACAUGACGUGGUAUGUCAAAAUCAGGCACUUUUUGAGUUACUGCAAUUUUUGAGUUAUUGCAAUUUUUGAGUUAUUGCAAUGUUAGUUAAUUAUGGACCUUGCUCUUUGAAACGCCGCUUCGUUUAAUAUUGAAAUUAGAUGUACCAAAGGGAAGUUAUUAAGUUUCAAAAUCGGAUUGUCCUGAAAUGUCACUCUAAUUUUACGUCGGUUUCAGAACAAAAUCUUGAACAAAGUGUCAGUUUGUGAAAUGACAUGCCUCUCUAAAAGUGUUUUAAGAACACUUUGUCAGUGAAAUUUCAGUUUGAAAUAUUUACGGAACAUUUCAAACACGAGUAGCAUCACAAAUUUUCUCAAAAUUGCUAAAAAUCACCCUUAUGUUAUUUUGCAGCUGUUCGUCCAUUAGUAGCUCUGCCCAAUUCUGCCUGGUUUGACACAUACCAUGUCACAAAGCUACUUUUGAAUUGCAUGUCCUUAAACCUUAUCUUCCAUCCUGGAAAUCAAUAGAAAUUGUCAAGUUUUUUCCCUAAGGCCAAAAAAAAAAAGUCUCCAGUUUCUGGUAUGCGCGCGCGUCUCCGUAGCCAUGCUCGUCGGCAAAAUGAAAAAGGUUUUUUUAAUAAAAGAUGAUGUCUCCAUACCAGAAACCGGAGACUUUUUUUUUGGCCUUACAUAAUGUCUGUGUUGAGGAGUAUUCUGGACAGGAGAUAAAUAUCAAGUCAUCACGAGUCAUUUCAAGUCGUCCUGUACAAGUCAAUGUUGUCAUGAACAGUCUGCAGACAAGUUCCUAUUCAAAUGAGCAGUGACAAAGUCAUUCCUUUGUCAUUAUUUAUGCCAGUGACUGACUUGCGACUAACUUGUGAUUUGUCUGAGACUGGCUUGUGAUUUGUCUGGGACUGGCUUGUGAUAUGUCUGGGACUGACUUGUGAUAUGUCUGGGACUGGCUUGUGAUAUGUCUGGGACUGACUUGUGAUUUGACCGUGACUGGCGUGUCAAUCACAACUCUGCUUCACAACAAGUGAAAUAUUAAAGUGAAGUGCCCUAUUGCGAAAACUAAGAAGUUAAAAAUGUCCUUACGACUCAUUUCGAUGGGAUCUGGUCACAUAAUUAUGACCUCACUGUACCUUACAUGUUCAUACCCUAUGUGCUAGCUGUGCCCAGGAUUUCUAGCCGCGCUAUCUAAAGGUUGAUAUUUUUCUGAUGAAAAUGAAUAGUUAAGGUUUUAUACUGAGACUGAGAGGCUCAAAGGAAGAUAAAAUUUAGUUGAUAGUUUUCAUUGUAAUUAUCCCAGACAAAUUUGAAGUUUUUUUGGUCAACAUUUUUUCUUGUUUCAUCAUCCCAUUUAUGAUAAAUAAGCGCUAUCUCGGUAAUAUGCAUCAUCUUGCAGACCAGGCAAAUUUACAUGCAUUGCUGUGUCACAUUGUCAAUCAAAAAACCUUUGCGCUUCCAAGCCGCCAUGCUUUCCCUAGCCUUCAUGUGUUGAUUCCAAACUGCGCCCGCAUCUAGCAACGCGUCUUGUUUUUGCCCCGUAAACCAAGAUGGCACAUAUACAGUGAAACUGCUUAUUACCCAUACACAUGUACAUGUAUGAUUUAUAGCUCCUCCAAAAACAAAUUAAAUGUUGGGGUUUUUAUUUUGACACCAAAAAUAACGUUAACAAUAACAUUUUAUAAACAAGACAUAUGAUGAAGCAUAACUUGUACAGUUGAGUCUUGUUAAUACAAACUGGUUCGGACCUAGCCAAACUGUUUGUAAUAUUGGGAUUUUGUAUUAAGAGGAACACCAGUCCCAUUCAUUGUGCACAUAAAUGCACAGUCGGGACUAAGACUUUAUGUUUGUUAUAACCAGAAUUUGUAUUAACAGAGUUUGUACUUACGAGAUUCGACUGUAUAUAGUAGAAAGUGAACUAACGAACCAAAUUUGGAAGGGGGAAGGGUAAGGGGAUAGGUGUUGUCUUACCCUUUUGUGGGCGUGGCAUUUUGAAAAAAAUAAUCAUCGUUAAAAGGGAGCGAUGCAAAAGAUUUUCAAAAUCUCUGUGAUAUAAUUGUAAUUGUUUUUUUGUUUGAGACCACCUGAAAUUUUACUGUAAAAGGCAUGAACAGUUUAUAUAUUUUUUAAU